AUGCUAGACGACAGAAUAAGACUUCAGGGAAGCAAUUUCACAGAUGUCCAGACACUUGAACGUCUCAAGAAACUGUCCUCAGCAGCAUCCCGAGAUGAACAACCAGAGGCUGAAUCACAGGAGGAUACACAGGGAAACCCCAACACACAGCAAGUCUAUGACCUUGCUGCUUUUUAUGAAAACUUCUACCAAUUGAUUAUCACGAUGAGCAAAACUAUUUUAGACAUUCGUGAGAAGGAAAUGGAGUUAAAAAUAGAACCAGAUGAAGAAGCAAAGCAAACAAUCAAGAUCCUAACAGAUGCAAUGGUGUCGAUGAGUAAAAAGAUGCCUCCGCCUUCAGGUAAAACGCAACAAGAACAAGAACAGCAGCAAGACCUCCAGGAUGCACAGAUUUGUGAAUUGUGCGAGAUGGCAUGGAAGUCCGCUGAAAGCAGAUUUGCAACAAUCAUAGAACAGCUGCAACGACAAGUAGCUGACCAACAACAACAACAACAACAUCAACAAACUGAUGACAACACUGUACAAGCUCCAAUUAAUCCCACAAAUUUUCAAGACAUUGAAAUUGACAAAGCACAGGGACUGGAGCAAUUGAGCCAGACAAAUGAUGAGGCUUCUCUUGCAGUGGGGAAAUCUGUGCCUACUUCAAAAGAAGUGGUGGUUGAUGAACAACAAACUCAACCACAAGGGGCACAGGGACUGGAUCAAUUGAGCCAGACAAAUGAUGAGAAUUCUCUUCCAGUGGGGAAAUCCGUGCCUACUUGA